UUGUCUGAACCCCCAACAGCAACUGAUGCAACCAUAAUCUUGGCUUCCACAACCACACCUGUGACAUCGACAACUUUAGCACCAGUAUCAACAACUGAUACAGCAACAACAACUAUGCGUGACCACCACACCUACGACUGUAGUAACAACAUCAACAAAAAAGACGAAUCAACCACAACAUUGUCUGAACCCACAUCAACAACGGAUGCAACCACAAUCUUGGCUUCCACCACCACACCUUUGACAUCGACAAGUAUAGCACCAGUAUCAACAACUGAUACAGCAACAUCAACUAUGCGUGACACCACAACAACUAUUGAUACAACAACAAUUUUGACUUCCACAUCCAAUGCCGCAACAUCCUCAACUACAGCAGCAGCAUCAACAACAGCUGAUGUAGAAACAACAACUCUGUCUGACACCACUACAACUACUGAUGCAACAUCAUCUAUUGAUUCCACAAGCAUCCCGCUAAUGUCAACCACUGACACAUCAACUACAACUCUGUCUGACACAACUACAAAUACAGAUACAACUAAAAUUUUUGCUUCCACAACCACAGCUGUGAAACUGACAACUAUAGCACCAGCAUCCACAUCUGAUGCAGCAACAACAAGUAUGCCUGACACCACAGAAACUAUUGAUACAAAAACAAUUUUGGCUUCCUCAUCUAGCAACCCAACAUCCUCAACUACAGCAGCAGCGUCAACAACAACUGAUGCAGAAACAACAACUCUGUCUGACACAACUACAACUACUGAUGCUACAACAACUUUUGAUUCCACAACCACCCAUGUAAUGUCAACCAGUGAUGCGUCAACCACAUCUCUGUCUGACACCACUACAACUACUGAUGGUACAAGUUUGACUUCCACAACCACCCCUUCAGCAUCUACGACUGUAGCAACAACUUCAACAAAAAUAGACGAAUCAACUACAACUUUGUCUGAACCCCCAACAGCAACUGAUGCAACCAUAAUCUUGGCUUACACAACCACACCUGUGACAUCGACAACUUUAGCACCAACUCUGUCUGACACAACUACAACUACUGAUGCUACAACAACUUUUGAUUCCACAACCACCCAUCGCCCCAACAUCCUCAACUACAGCUGCAGCGUCAACAACAACUCAUGCAGAAACAACAGCUCUGUCUGA